AUGACAAUUCUUGUGGGAAAGGCAUUGACUCUUGCCAUCACUGCCACGGCAGGUAGUGGCUUCUUGCUAUUUGGAUAUGACCAAGGUGUCAUGUCUGGUCUGUUGACCGGAGAUGCCUUUGUUCGAACAUUCCCUGAAAUUGAUACUACCGCCACUGGCCAUGGUAGCUCUAGUUUACAAGGCACAGUGGUUGCCAUCUAUGAGAUAGGCUGCUUCGUGGGAGCUCUUCUCUCGUUGGCAUUCGGUGAAAAACUCGGUCGUCGGAUGUGUAUUAUGGCCGGCUCCCUUAUUCUAGUUGUCGGUGCAGCGCUCCAGGCGAGCGCCUACAGCAUUCCUCAUUUGAUCGUUGGACGAAUCAUUGCCGGUGUUGGAAAUGGGCUCAAUACUUCGACAAUCCCCGUUUGGCACUCGGAACUCAGCAAGGCAGCAAGCCGAGGAAAAGGACUUGCUAUCGAAUUGGCCAUUAACAUUUUUGGUGUGAUGACAGCCUAUUGGGUUGACUAUGGUAUGAGCUACGUGAGCAGCGAGGCUCAAUUCCGCUUUCCGAUUGCCCUUCAGAUCCUCUUCGCCAUCGUCACAUUCCUUGGCAUACUUGUCCUUCCCGAAUCCCCCAGAUGGCUCAUCGCCCACGAGAAGCAUAGCGAGGGCCGCCACGUUCUGUGGUCCUUGCAACCUAAUGCUCGCGAUAUCCUCGAGAAUGACCCAGUGGUUAACAUCGAUGUUGACGAAAUUCAACGAGCUAUCACGGAGGAGGAAGAAGCAUCCAAGGGGUCAUUUAGCCUUAUCUUCAAGAAUGGUCCCCAACGAUUUUUAUACCGGACGCUGCUUGGAAUGGGUGGACAGGCAAUGCAGCAGCUUAGUGGCAUUAAUUUGAUCACAUAUUACAACACAGUUAUCUUCGAGAAUAGCGUGGGAAUGGGCCACAAUCUAGCCUUGCUAAUUGCGGGUGUCAAUGGCGUCUGCUAUUUCUUGAGUACUCUUUUCACAAUCCCUGCAAUUGAUCGUCUCGGAAGAAGGAAAUUGAUGAUGUUCGCCGUUAUCGGUCAAUGCUGCUGUAUGGCUAUACUGAGCGGAACCGUCUACAAUGGAGGCCAUGCAGCAGGUAUAGUGUCGACCAUCAUGCUCUUUCUGUUUAACUUCUUCUUUGGAGUGGGAUUGUUGGCAAUUCCUUGGCUCUUACCCGCCGAAUAUGCACCGCUGGCUAUUCGAACGAAAGCAGCGUCCCUGGCCACGGCGACAAACUGGAUCUUUACAUUCUUGGUGGUUGAGAUAACACCCGUUAGUAUUGACAAUAUUGGAUACAAGACCUAUGUCUACUUUGCGGGUGAUGAGGCAAAACCGACCUGUACCGGGUGUAAAAGACGCGGGGAACAAUGUCAGUCGCGACAGCUGGGGUCGUUUCGCGACUCCAACAUGAAAGUGCUGGGGCCGGAGCAUCCGUCGAUGAAUCAGUCUGUUCCUAGUGCGAAAGGAAAGCGGCAGAGUAAAUUCAAGAUCUUCAGUGUGGUCCCUGCCUCCUCACCACGAAAACCUGGGGAGCUGUCGAAGCGACGAGUUGAAUCUGAAGAGAGGGAUAUCCAGGCAUCUCCGCCGGCGGAGAUCCAGUCGAAUCGCGAUGGGAAUUUGCAAAAUGGGGAUUCCCCCGCUACUCCUCCAGCAACAGAGCAUCACUCGCAGUCGGGGGUCUCUCCACGGGAUACAAGUCAGGUCCCAGAUUUUAACGCCUGCCCCAGCCCGAAUCAGCGCCCAUCGCCGUCUUUGUCGAGUGCCGCAUCGUUCUCUCACGUAUCUGCCGCAGGAUUUGAUGAUUUCAGCAUCCAAGUCAACCAAAACCAAUCUCCCAAUCAUGGUAAUGGCAACGAUAAAGUCCCAAGUCCCACGCAUUAUACCCCACCACAAUGUGACUUUCAUCGUGAUGAGCCUCCUACCUCGCAGUCCUACAUGCAUUCUAGUCCCGAGUUCGUGGUGGACGAACUUACCGCACUGAGGAAUCUCUCCAAUGGCGGCGCCUUUAAUUCCUCUACAAACGAACCUUUCCAGACGAUUCCCCCGCCUCUUUUCGAUCACAGCGUUUUCUCGGAUCCAGCUAACUUCACCAACGAUGUCUUCUUGCCUGGAUCGGCUUAUGAGGCGCUUCAUACGGCUUUGCGAAAUCGGCAGCUAUGGACUGCUCGUUCCGAUGUUCCUACCCGUCGUAGCUCACCUGAGUCGGUUCCUGGGUUUCGACCAUUUGCAGCAGAUGACAGGAGAUCAUCAAGGAGCACCAAUGCACAGCGUCCUCGAUCGAGGACGGGAAGGUGUUUUGAGCUGUCACCGGAAAGAGAAAAGGUCUUGUGGCAGAAUUAUCUGAACGAGAUAUGCGUAUGGCUGGACAUGUUUGAUAACCACCGCCAUUUUGCUUCGACAUUUCCUCAAAUGGCCAAAUCUUCGCCUCAUCUCCGAUAUUCCAUUCUGGCAUUAUCGGCCAGGCAGAUCGAAAGAUCGCAGAACAAGAAGUCGCAGUCGGAGAGUCUAUCUCUAUAUCAAGAGGCAAUCCAUCUUCUUCUCCCCGAGUUGGAGAGCAAAACGACUCCUGUCAUUGCGUCUUGUGUAAUUCUUUGUGUGUUGGAAAUGUUGAGUUGUAACCCUAAAGAAUGGCGUCGACAUCUAGAUGGAUGCGCAUAUUUAAUACAAGCGGCUGAGAUCAACGGAUUCUCAGGAAAGGAAGAACAAGCACUUUUUUGGUGCUUCGCUAGAAUGGAUGUCUGUGGUGGUCUCAUCUCCGAGGAGGAAACCAUCAUUCCCAUUCGCAACUGGAUACCAAAAGAUAUGGGUGCCUCGGAAGCAUCACAACUUUUUCUGGCCUCAAAAGAAAACUUCGAUACGUACGCCAACUACACCGUCUACCUAUGUGCACAGACCUUGGGUGUUCUUUUCGGCUGUGCCUCCAAAAUAACUCGGCCUUGUGUAUCAUGCCAAUACCUUGGUGGCGAGGAGGAAGGUGACUCGUACGUUCACUGUUGGAAAGGAUUGUUUGAUCGCGUCGAGCAGUGGUAUGAGAAUCGGCCGUGUCAGAUGAAGUCUAUUUUCAGUGUCCCGACUACUGGAUGGAAAGGAAGGGAGAUGCCAUUUCCGACAGUUAUAUAUCCAAACGGGGCUGCAAGUGAUGGCUGCUGGACAAACGCCCUUCAACCUCUCUGGCUGGCCGGCAAGGUUAUGUCGCAUUACUCGGAGCACGCGGCGAUUGUGGAAACACUCACACGCAUUGAGCGGGAAACCGGGUGGGCCACAGCAUGGAGGGUCGAAGAUCUCAAGGAGUUUUGGGGGGAUGAAGAUGAGGAGUAUGGCGAUAUGGAUGUGAGUAUGAGUGUGGGAACACCCAGUAUAGACACAGAUAGAUCGAAUAUACACCCGAAUCGGUGA